UCCGGGAUUUUUCUGAUUUUGUCAGUGUGGAAACUACUCUGUGAACAUACAUCAGACCUGGCACUGCAGGACUCACCCAGUCAGCUGCUUCCCAGCUGGGGUAUAGGAUUAGUGCCUGGGGAAAUGAUUUAUUUGUCGCAGCUGCUGAAAGCUCUGGGUGUGAGCUGGGUGGGUUGAAAUCACCUGUGAACUGAUCCCUCCCUUAUAAAUUGUCACCCACCAGCUGCUAGGCAGAAAUUGUAAUUUGUGAUGAGGCUGGGGUCUUCCUUCUCUUCAACCGUGUGUACGAAGGGACGAGCCUUCAGCAGGAGCAGUGGAAGGCUGCCACCAGCAGCCCCAGUGACUAAUGUGCAAACUGGGCAAAGCUUCCUUCUGUACUUGGUUAACCCCUUCUCUUCAGAAGCAAGGAAAAACACCCUGCCUUUUGUAUAUUUAACUGAUGCUAAUGCUACACCCCUUCUGCGGGAGCUGAGGAUCUCACUUGGAUGGACUGAAAUCAUCAAAAAGAAACCUGAUGGGAGAAAGUAUUGUAACAGAAAUCAGCACUUCACCACGUGGCAAAUGAGGGAGGAAGAUGUCAGGAAUAAGCAGGAAAAGCCUCCUGGGUGCACAAUGCAGCUUCUGCUGGGAGCGUGGCUCGGUCCCAAAGCUGGAAAGGUUAACGAGGAGGUACUCAUUUUCUCUGAGAGUGACAUUUGGAAGGACGUGGGACAGAGGUGCUGCCAGAGAUGUGCCCUGCAAGAAAGCCUGGAUGUUAGAACCUGCUUCCCAUGUUGGGCUGAAAAUAGCAUGUGUUUGGGGUCUGUCCAAGCAGGCUGCGAAGGCAGCUGCUGGGCUGGGUCUUUGGAUGGAGCUGAGGCUCUGCUUCCCCUAACAGCAGAGGCACUGUGAGGGCUUUCUGCCAGUGGCUGGCCAGUGAAAUGCUGCAUGGAGGAACCAUUUCCAUGUUUCCUUGCUUUUAUAAUUGUUGUUUUGUUUUGUUGCUUUUUUUAUGGCUUGUUAUGGUAUUGGAAGCCUUGUGCAAGCAUAAUUCACUUAGGUUAACCAUUCUAACUUGGGGAAGCUUUUAUGUCCCUCUUUACAGGGACUUCAGAGGAUUUGAAAUAUGUUUGGUUCAAAUGUAAAAACCAACCAAAUAAACAAAAAAACCUCUCCUAAACAAGGUUCAUAAAAACAGAGCUGUCAGCACACUUCAAGAGAAAAUGUGGCCUUUUCAGUACAUGCCUCUAAUACACUAGUGCAAUUUAGCACUGCCUGUAUGAAGGGUCUCCCUUGCACCCUCCUCUCCUUUUGUUAAGAACAGAUGUGUGUCUGCCAGCCUGUCUGGUUUCAGCAGAGAAGUUAAUUUCUAAUUUCUAAUACCCAGCAUUUCAAAAAAAAAUAAUAAUAAUAAUAAUUUAAUCCUCUUGCAAGCACAACCUCAAAGAGAGAGAGACAGAAGCCUAUUUUACACAAGCUGGAAAUCUACUCAGUAAGACAGGCGAUGAGGUUUUGGGUAUUUUGUGAUGGCAUGCAGUGACGGGACCACUGUGUGGGGAUAUUUCUCUGAAGGAAACAAAAAAACAAAACAAAAAAAAAACACUAGGAAGUCUGAUAUCUGGCACCCAGGGACUUGUUCUCAAUCUUUCUUCAUUCGUUCCUCAUCCUUACACUAUUUUGGCUAUUUGCAGUCAGUCACAAUGACAGUAUUUUCACUCUGUGGCAAGCGUCCACGAUAAACUGAAAGCUUUGGAGAUUUCUCACCGCUUUUUAAAAUUAAACAUCCCACUCCCCUUCGGCACAUCUAAGUGAAAGGCUGGCUCUUGCAUUAUUUUUUUCCAGUGAAGCCAGUUCAGUGACCUUUUUGCCUGCCACUGUAAGGCUAGACUUCGGCCUGUUAAACACUAACUUGUGUUGCAAGAAAUGACUGCAGAAUGCUGUAGAAAGUCCCUGGCUGGAAGAAAAAGGUGUGUAUGUUCAGGCUAGCGUGGUGACAGCUCUGCUCCAGGCAGGAGUCGCGGUGCCUGAAGGUACAGAUCGCAGUAACCUCAGUGCAGGCUUGCAGUCGGUUUCCAGUCUGAAGUCACUUGCUGUGACCCUUGUGUUUUCAUUUUUGUUGUCACCUUAUCUCCAUGGCAGUUGCCCUGCGUCCUGGACAAUGCCCAGCACCAUGUGGAGAGUGCGUGAGUGAAGGCAUUAAGUAGAUUAAGAGGUCACCAGCACUGAGAACUGGUCAGGAUCAGCUGCGUGAUUUGGUGGUAGAAGGGUCUGAGGUAUUUUAAUGGGGCUUGCUAUCUUUUGAAAGGUUCCUCUAUUUUAGGAGCUGCUUCUGGUGUGCCAGGUAUUUUGUCUCUCUAGCAGGAUUCCUCCUGAGGUCAGUGUAUGGACCAUUACAGCCCAGUGUGCUCCAUACUUCUGAUUAAAAAAAA